ACAAUGUCCCCCCAAGUGUGGGUCCAGAUCCAUGACCACCUGUCGUGAAAGCCGCACGUGGAGCUGUCGACGGCUAAAGCCCUCCGCGUGGUAGGUGUGGUCACCGCAGUAAUGAGGAACCACAGUGGGCCCCAGGUGGCCAAGCGUCGGCUGUUGGCGGCAGUGGCGGAGUCGAUCAUCCGGUAUGCUGCCCCCGUGUGGUCCGAGGCGACGGAUCUGCAGUGGUGCCAGAGGAAGCUGGCCCAGGUGCAGAGGCCCCUGGCUCGCGGUGUCACCAGCUCGUUCGUGUCGGUGGCAUAUGAGACCGGAGUUGCACUGGCAGGCCUUGUGCCGUUCAGGCUGCUGGUACGGGAGGACGCAAGGUGCCAUCGGAGGCUCCUAGCUGCCCCGGGCGCCAGCCGCAAGGACAUCCGGCUGGAAGAGCGGCACUCUCCAGGAGUGGCAGCGAGCGUACAACAUGUCCCUUCGCCCAGCCCGGUUAUGACCGAACCAGUAGCUGGAGCCGAUCAACUGAAACCGAUAGGUGCUAAGGCGUUAAACGCGAUCGAGGGUUGUCAGAAGUGCACCAUACGAACGGAGUAUGACGCCAGAACGCGUCGGCAUUUCUUCCGUUACGGUGCAAUCACUUAG